GUUGCGGCAGGCGCCAUUUUACCGAGUCGCCUGUCGCGGGUGCCGCCAUGUUGGUGAGGAGAAAUCACCGUUACGGCCACUGUCCAAAUCCCCGCGUCGCUGCGCGCCGCCCGCCCGCUCCCAAGCCUCAGCCACCGGCGGCGAAUAGAGACUAAAGCGGCAGCGCCGGCAGCGCGGGGCCGUGGCCCAGUGUUUGCAGUUAGAGCCCCACCUCUGUGGCGUGGUUGUUAAUAGACUGGAAAGUCUGUGUCUGUGUCGCUCACUAGUAACCGUGAGUUUUUACCACUUCGUCACCUCCCGGCGGCGGCCGGGAGCAGGUACCCGCAGGCGGCGCAGGGAUCCUCCCCGCGCCCCGCCGCCGCCGGCCUCGCAGACCUGCCCUCCAGCCCCGCCCCGUUCUUGACCAAACAUGACAGACUCUGAACAUGCAGGGCACGACAGAGAAGAUGGUGAAUUAGAAGAUGGUGAAAUAGAUGAUGCAGGAUUUGAAGAAACUCAAGAACAGGAAGCAAAAGAGGAUGAAAAGCAGAAAAAUGAGAAAGCCUACAGAAAAUCAAGGAAAAAACACAAGAAAGAAAAAGAGAAGAAAAAGUCCAAAAGGAGAAAACGUGAGAAACAUAAGCAUAAUUCUCCAUCCAGUGAUGAUAGUUCAGACUACAGCCUUGAUUCAGAGGUCGAACAUACAGAAAGUUCCCACAGAAAAAGAAGUGGUUUCUACAGGGAUUAUGACAUUCCAUUUCCUCAGCAUGGACAUAUAUCAGGAAGCUACAUGGCAUCAAAGAAGAGUCAACAUAACAGAAAAUUUAAAAGUAAAGAAUAUGAUGAGUACAGUACCUACAGUGAUGAGAACUUUGGUAACUACAGUGAUGAGAACUUUGGUAACUACAGUCAGGAAACAGAGGAAGAUUUUGCCAGUCAGCUGAAACAAUACAGGCAAGCUAAAGAAACCUCAAAUACUGCUUUAGGAUCAUCAUUUUCUAAAGAACCAGGGAAAAAACAAAGAUUGAAAGGAAUUCAGCAAGGUAUUGAACAGAGGGUUAAAAGUUUUAAUGUUGCUCGUGGACGCGGCUUACCGAAGAAAAUCAAACGCAAAGACCGUGGAGGAAGGGCCAAUAAAGGGCCUCAUGUGUUUUCAGGAACGGAUGACUUUCAAGAGUAUAGUAAACCAGGGAAAAAAUGGAAGGUUAUGACUCAGGAAUUUAUUAAUCAGCACACAGUGGAACAUAAAGGAAAACAAAUCUGUAAAUACUUUCUGGAAGGGAGAUGUAUUAAGGGAGAUCAAUGUAAAUUUGAUCAUGAUGCAGAGUUGGAGAAGAGAAAAGAGAUCUGCAAAUUUUAUUUACAAGGAUAUUGUACCAAAGGCGAGAACUGCAUUUAUAUGCAUAAUGAAUUUCCAUGCAAGUUCUAUCAUAGUGGAGCAAAAUGUUACCAAGGAGACAACUGUAAAUUUUCACAUGAUGAUCUGACUAAAGAAACAAAGAAACUUUUGGACAAAGUGUUGAAUACUGAAGAAGAAGCUACAAAUGAAGACGAAAGAGAGUUAGAAGAACUUAGAAAGCGUGGCAUAACUCCUCUUCCCAAACCGCCUCCAGGAGUUGGGCUUCUGCCAACCCCACCAGAGCAUUUUCCCUUUUCUGAUCCCGAAGAUGAUUUUCAGACAGAUCUCUCUGAUGAUUUCAAGAAAAUUCCAUCUCUCUUUGAAAUAGUUGUAAAACCUACUGUGGAUUUAGCACAUAAAAUUGGGAAGAAGCCACCAGCAUUUUAUAACAGUGCCUCACCACCAGGACCACAAUUUCAGGAAAGCAGCCCACAUACUCAACAUAUGUAUAGUUCGGGGUCAAGUCCAUGUCCCGGACCUAAUAUGUCUCAGGGACACAAUAGUCCUGUGAUGCACCCAGGCUCCCCUGGACAUCAUCCAUGCGCAGGACCUCCUGGUCUACCAAUGCCGCAGAGCCCACCUUUGCCACCUGGUCCACCUGGAAUUGUAGGCCCUCACAGUCAAGCGGGAGUACUUGUUCAACCGGAUACACCUUUGACACCACCAAAUAUGAGUGGCGCUUACCAUUGCCCUGGCUUUCCAGAACACAUGAUGAAAGUACCUAGAGAGAAUCACUGUUCUCCAGGUUCAUCACACCUGCAAAGUCCUGGUGAAAUGCAGCUCAGUACUAAUUAUGAGUCCUUACAAAACCCAGCUGAGUUUUAUGAUAAUUACUAUUCACAGCAUGCUGUACAUAAUUUUCAGCCUCCCAGUAACUCUGGUGAUGGGACGUGGCAUGGUGAAUUUGCCCAGCAUCAGCCUCCUAUCGUUCAAGACUCACCUACCCGUGGGAGUGGGUCGGACAGCAGCGGUAAUGUGACAGGCCAUGGCCCCCUGCCUGCACCAGGUCUCCUCCCUGCAGUGCAGAGAGCUCUUUUUGUUAGACUUACUCAGAAAUACCAAGAAGAUGAAGAGCCAGGCAGCACCCAACCUCAGAGGGCACCAAGCAAGGAAGAAGGUGUGUCAGGUGAUGAUACCGUUAACUGGUAUUCCAGUAGUGAAGAGGAGGAAGGAAGCAGUGUCAAGUCAAUACUGAAAACAUUGCAGAAACAAACAGAAACUUUAAGGAGUCAACAACAACCUUCCACAGAACUCAGCACUCCUACUGAUCCAAGACUUGCUAAAGAGAAAAAUAAAGGAAGCCAAGUUGUUGACCCUAGACUUAGGACUAUCUCAAGGCAAGACGUUAGAAAAUCUUCUGAGUCUACCCCGCUGGAUCUUAGACUUGCAUGGGAUCCCAGGAAAUUAAGAGGGAAUGGAAGUGGUCAUGUAGGUUCUUCUGUUGGUGGAGCAAAGUUUGAUUUACAUCAUGGAAAUGCUGGCCCUAAUGUCAAACACAAAAGAGGAGACGAUGAUGAUGAAGAUACAGAAAGAGAACUGAGAGAAAAAGCUUUCCUAAUACCUUUGGAUUCUCCCCCUGGUAUAACGCUCCAGGAUCCAAGGUCACAACUGAGACAGUUUAGUCACAUUAAAAUGGAUAUUACCCUAACCAAACCCAACUUUGCAAAACACAUCGUGUGGGCUCCAGAAGACUUACUUCCAGUCCCUUUACCUAAACCUGACCCAGUAUCUUCAAUCAAUUUACCUCUGCCCCCUCUUAUAGCUGAUCAGAGGCUCAGUAGGUUAUGGAACACAAAAAGUGAUCUUCGUCAAAGCACAGUGGCCACUGAUGCAAAACUAGCAGCCAAGGCCAAAAUUAACACAGCAAACAGAGAAGGCUACCUAGAACAAUUUGGAGACUUACAUAGUUCAGGAAGUAAAUUAGGAGAUCCUAGGCUGCAAAAAAAUUUUGAUCCUAGACUUCACAGACUGCAUAAUACAGAGUCUCAUCAAGCAGUUAUGAAGGAUUCACAUACAUCAAAGGGUGCCCCUCAUUUAGCCAGAUCAAACUCUGGUUCAUCACAGCCCUUAGGGGCAGUAUCUAGCAAUUCUGGUCCCGGGGCUUUGCCUCCAUAUGCCCCUAAACUCUCAUCUUCAGCUGGCCUUCCCCUGGGAACUCCAGGUUCAGUUCUUAGUGGUAUUAGUUUGUAUGACCCUAGGGAGCAUAGUUCAUCAUCUACAUCAGAGCUAGCAACAGAAAAUGCAGAGAACCAGAAAAAAAGUGGUGGUUUAAAAAGUAGUGAUAAAAACGAGCCGCCUCCUGGAGAAGCAGUCCUACCACAGAAAAUCGCUCCAAACGUGGACGUCACUGUUGAUGGGCCAGCUGACCCACAGGCAGAUAUUCUUGGGAGUUCCGGUACCGUUCAGGUCCCAGCAGUGCACAGUCUUCCGAUUCAGGCAUUAACAGGCUUAAUUAGACCCCAGUACAGCGAUCCAAGACAGUCAAAGCAGCCGGGUCAGGUGAGCCCCACCCCAGAUGAUGAUCCUCGUAGAGCAACAGAUGACAAAUCUCUGAAAGAGGUUUUUAAAACUUUUGAUCCAACUGCUUCACCGUUUUGUUAGCUAUUGUGUAAUUAAGCAGUUCUUUUCACUCUUGUGACUAUUGCAGUCCCCUGCUGUUUUGUAACUGGUUUACCUCUAUAGUUUAUUUAUUUUUAAAUUAUAAACACUUUUCAGCUGCUAGUAUCAGAACCACAUGAAGUUAUAUCCUCUAAAGCCUGUGGUAUUUUAUAUAAUAUUUUUAUAAUUUUAAGAGACUGUAGUAAUUGACAUAGAAACCUAUAUAUCAAGUUAGCUUCAGUAAAAAUACUCUUAUUGUAAAUAAACCGUCAUGAACUCAACACUCUGCCUGAAUAUAUGCCAGUUGUCUUUCAUAAUCAGUGUUUAGAUAAAUGAUUACCACUUUUAUAUGGUUAUUAGUUUCAAGCAAUAUAAUGUACAUUACUUUUCAGAAACAGUAUUUUGACUAGGAUCCUAUUUGUCAACACAGAACUGAUUAAUAUGUAAUGCUAACUGCUAGCUAAAAUGUAAAAUGAAGUAAAACAUUUUUAAAAUCAUAAUUAGCAGAGCAGUUCAUGUUUAAGGGCAUCACUUUUGUUAGUACUGGCAAUAUUAUUUGUGUAAAUGGAGCAUUUGAAUGUUGUACCUUUUAAAAGUAUUUUAUGGUAUACUGUAUCAUAGAAGUUGGAGAUAUAUAAAUAGAAUGUUUUGCUAAAGUGAAAAAUUUCCGAGUUCUCUAACAUAACUUUUUAAAUUUAAUUUUUCAUAUUAAUAGUUAUGAGUUACUGCUGUGUUAUACGUUAUGAUGUUUAUGCGUUUCGAUGUUUUUUGUCUUUAGCAGCAUAAUUUAUAUUACUUUUUCAAAUGAUGUAGCUGCAAUAAUUGUAUUCAUCAUGACUUUGGCAAUUUUUAACAAAAUUUUAAAAGAUCAGUGAGUCUGUGGUGAUUAUUGCAUUGAUAAUGUUUUAAAUGUCCAGGUUCUAUAUUUUUUCUUAAAUAGCAAGAACACACAGAGAUGGUAUAGUCAACUGUAUAUGGCUACCAAUAAAGAAUCUCUUUCAGAUCUCA